AUGGUACAGUCGGGCAGUGCAGCGCUUCGCUUGCGAACGCAGUCGCCCUAUCGACGAGGGCUUCCUUGUGAACAUCGCGGUCCGUUUGACGAUGGCGUCAUCGUCAGCGAAUCCUUUCGAGGAGCAUAUUUUGAGAAUGCGACUAAUCUACAAUUUCGCGCGAGGAUAAGCAGCCUUCACCAUUAUGGAAAGGACGAUACCGUGGUAUUCGAUGAGGCCACUCCUAGAGCACAGAGAGAGGACCCUACCCACUGGCCACCGCCCGAGCAAGGAUACAGAGGACAACUCCUCAAAACCAAGGACAAUAACGCGAAGCGCGAGAUCCGCGUGGAUACGCUCGAUUGGAGCGACGACUGGAUAAAAGAAGUGGACAUGGUGUACCGGAGGAUGACACGUGGAAAACGUCAACAUCUUGCCCGUCCUUCUGAAGUAGUCAUUGAAAACCGUCUUCGCUUUUUUGGUCUCGUUAUGAGGAGAUCGUCUGAUGGUCUUGUCUUGUCCGAGUAG